CACUCGCGAGCAUUGCGUUUGAUGGUUCGCCUUGGACAGCCUUUUAGUGCAUUUUUGCUAGCGCGGCAGCGCGACGGAGAAUUCAAGAGGAUCACGUCGGAUCAUGAUAUCAUUGCACAGGCUAAAGACAUGACUUCCGUUGACAACAUGAUGGACGUCAGGACACUAGAGAUACUGUAGCUGUAUGGAGUUGUGUAAUACAGGAUAUAUAGUCAGAUUCGAGUGCUGGGAUAUAUUCUGGAAGCUUUGAAGACAGGAGUCGGA